AUGGAGGUCCACUUUGGCUUCGGCGCAGCUUCCGAAGCUGCGCAUCACAAACUGAGCAAGAAGGACCAGCUUCAGCGCGAAGUUGGUAUCUUUGAGCAGCUGGCUUCACGUUUUGCUGUGACAGGAACAAACAUUGAGACGAAUGCAGAUGGCUGGCAGCCUUCUCAGAGCUGCCCCAAGCAGCAGUGCGAAGAGCCCUUGGUGCACACUGCCGGAGGGGUGCCCGUGAACCAGUUUGCCAUCAGCUUCGUGAACCAUGCAAGCCUCGAACACCAAAUCCCUGGACCUGCAGAAGUCACAGAAGCGCAGCACAACCUUGCACAGGAAAACGCAGAGGAUGAAGUGGAGCAAGGCUCUGAACAUCUCCGGGCUCUGGCGAUGGAGCUUUGGUCGGCCAAGGGCUCACCGCAGCUCGCGCGGCGGCACUGUGGAAUCGGCGCCAUAGCGCUUGGGGCGGCCUCAUGUGCCGUGGCCAUGGCUCGGUUGGGUCAGCUACGUGAGGCCUACCUUUACCUCACCAUGACUGAGGUCCAUGUGGCUGACUUGAUGUCUCGGGUGGCUUGCGCCCAUGGGGCCUUGUUGCAAAUACCGCAGCUAUGGGAAAUCCUUGGCUACGUGGAGGAUGAGAUUCAGGCUGCGUCUCCCUUUGGACAUGGGAAGCCAUGCACCCUGUCGUUCUGCCCGAACGGUGGGAGCCCGAACCACGAGACUUGCCAGUGCGAGCAGCUUGGUCCUGCACAGGUGCCACGCCUGUCGCACCGCAUAUGCAUGGUUUCGACAGAUCCAGGGGAUGACAGGCAAGUUCCUGCGACCCCGGUGAUCAAACCGCGUUGCGACUCAGCUGAGCUUCUGCAAUUUGGUCUGCCAGAUGACUUCUUGCUCCCGCCUCCCGCCACCGAGAUGGAGCUCGAUGGAAGUUGGGGGAAGACGGGAGGCUACCAGGUUCCGAUCUCCGGUGUGGCUGCUUCCUUUGCUGGUGCCGCGAAGCUGGCGCCCGGCCAGACCAUCUCGACGAACGCCGGGAAUGGAGAGAGGUGCCUCAUCUUCCAACUUCCGAAGCCCUGA